UGUGUGCGACAUGUGACCAGCAGUCAAAUAAAGCUGUAGGCUGGUGAAACUUUGGUCAGGAACUUCGUAAAGAGAGGCUGCGCAGACGCUCAGUGAACGGAACAUGCCUCCUGCUCCAGCAGAUGUUUUGGGCUCCAAGCCCCUGGAUGGCGGUUGGGGCUGGAUGGUUGUGAUUGGGGCCCAUAUUUCCAUUGGGUUUGCCUACUCCACACCCAAAGCCCUUUCCAUUUUCUUUAAAGACAUUCAAGAAGACUUGCAGGCUGGCUACAGUGAAAUAGCAUGGAUUUCCUCUAUUAUGCUAGCUGCCAUGUAUGCAGGAGGACCGGUGAGCAGCAUGUUGGUCAAUCGUUUUGGGAGCCGACCAGUUGUCAUCAUGGGUGGACUGAUGUGUGGAGUGUCUAUGGUAACCGCAUCUUUUGGGAGCUCCAUCGCUUAUCUCUACUUCUGCAUUGGCGUCAUUGGAGGUUGUGGACUCGCCUUUAACCUGAAUGCAUCUCUCACCAUCAUCAGUAAAUAUUUUCUGGCCAGGCGUCCUUUAGCCAAUGGACUUGCUAUGGCUGGCAGUCCAGUGUUCCUUUGUUUCCUGGCUCCUCUUAACCAAUAUCUACUGGGCACAUAUGGCUGGAGAGGAAGCCUCCUUAUCCUGGGGGGUCUGAUGCUCAACUGUUGUGUUGCUGGAGCCCUCAUGCGACCUGUUUGUAAGACACUCGCUUGUGCACCGCAGCAAAACGUGGAUCGGCCAAAUAAGUGCAAGACUAAGAUAAAAGGAAGCUGUAUGAAGAACACAAAGAAGUUUGUGGAUCUGUCCUUUUUCAGGGACAGGGGCUUUGUCAUUUACCUAAUAGGAAAUGUCAUGUUCAUCUUUGGAGCGUAUGCACCCAUUGUGUUCCUGUCUACCUAUGCUGUUAGCCAAGGUGUUGAGAAGUACUCUGCGGCCUACCUGCUCUCCAUUAUGGGCUUUGUUGACAUGUUUGUUCGACCCGGCACCGGCCUGGUAGCCAACAGCAAGUGGAUCAGGCCUAGAAUUCAGUACUUCUUCAGCUUUGCCAUGGUUUUUAAUGGAACGUGCCAUUUGCUGUGCCCUCUGAUGAGGAGCUAUACCCUCCUGGUGGUCUACGCAGUAUUUUUUGGUGUGGGGUUUGGGAUGGUUUUCGCCCUGAUAUUUGAAUGCCUCAUGGAUCUGAUGGGAAAUCAGCGCUUCCCCAGCGCCGUUGGACUUGUCACGAUCGUGGAGUGCUUCCCCAUGCUGCUGGGACCACCUGCUGCAGGGUUACUGGUAGACAUCUUUGGCGACUACAAGUACCUUUUCCUCAUGUGUGGCUCAGUCAUCACGACUGGCGGGCUUUUUCUCUUCGUCAUGAACAUCUACAACUACCACAUGCUGGAGAAAGAAAAGAGAGCUAAAGACCGAGAGCGUAACCAAACUAACAUAGAGAACCAGGAGCAGAUGAGCAUCUCAGCGGCAGAGAUGGAGCAGCCUGAAGCUGAGGAGACGGAGAUGAGCGCAGCCCAGCAGGACCCAGAGAGCGCCGAAACAAAAUGAAAUGUGAUUGCUU